GACGGCGCAACGUCUGCUCUUCCUCCAGUUCCUCUAGCGAUCGCAUAUUUGUAGGAGGUACAGGGAAAUUCAUCUCGCUGGGCUCGCGCGCUGCCUCAGCCGUUCGCUGGUGGUCAUGAGUCUGCGAUUCACGCAAAAAGUCUCCCAGACCCGGUCCGUCGCUGGGCAAACGUGAACUGAGAACCUUCACCUUCCUCGUUUGCGCAUGGCCACCGCUACUCUCAAAGCGCACGGCGGUGACAGCACGGGUGCUGCAUGCAGCCAAGACUCGGCGACUUGCGGCCAGCAUUAUUCCAGUUGUCAGAAGUGGUCUGGACCAGCAAAACGGCGUACCCUAGUGUAACCAGGUACAUCUGGGUUACACCAUUCAGUGAUUUGGCGGCAAUAAUGGCGACUCAGCCGUGGAGCUGUUCGCGCUGCACGUUCGAGAACGAGGCGCCGGUGGGUCAAUGCGCAAUGUGUUUCACUGCGCGGCUCUCAAAGAUGCCACCGCCGUCCAACCGCAGCAUUAAGAAAGUGAAGGUGAAGACACCGCUGCAAUCCCAGUCGUCAUUGCUCUUCGGUGUGGGCAGCUCCGCAGAGAAGGAGCAGCAGCGCGUCCAGAAGAAGCUACAGCAACUUAAGGAGCUUGGUAUCGACCUUCCGAGCGACGAAAUGAUGGCGUUACUGCAGCGCAACUGCUUCAGUGUCCCCGGAGCGGCCUCCGAGUACUUUGAACGGUUGACAGGUACAGACACCGCAGCUCAGGAGGAUGAGGAGGCCAAACGGAGACUGGAGAGGGCAAUACAGACGCUGGAGAAUGGUAUCGCAGAGAAUAAUAGCUUCAAAGUGCUGGGCAAGACCACAAUGCAGGCCUCAGUGAACCGCCAAGGUGUAAAGCUUCAAGGGGGAGACGAACUGCUGCUACGUGCAGAAAACGCAGGCAAAAAGCGACUGAGACCAGGAUUGUCGACCAGCAUUGCAGCUUCAGGCAUUGUGAGGGUCGUGACGUUGCAGCAGUCGCAGAUUGGACGUUUAGAGAGGAGUAUGGAGACGCUGCUGCAUCCGUUGAUGAAGAGUGGACUCGUGAGGCUCGGAGGAGUGUGCGAAACUCCUCCCGUGUCAGCUCAUAUGUUCGCGUCGUUUGAUGUGACUGUGUUUGUGUACGUCAAUGUGAAGGCGUUCGACGUCUUCAAAGAAGGCGACACCAACUUCCACCUCUCGGAUCAGCUAUACAAUUUGCUACAGAUGAUCAAUGGAGCUGAGACGCCCUCGCUGGAUAAAUUGGCGUUGCGUUCGAGCUCCGACGCGGAGGAUCCGUUGUCACAGGUGAACCCGGAGGAUCUCGAUACUCUAUUCUCCGAAUGCGUUGGUGCAACGGAGCUUAACAACGCAGCAGAAGGUUCAAACACUGAUCCGUCGGAGCACCUUGUACAGUAUCUGAAUGCUAUUGAGCUGCGAGAUCACCAGAAACAAGCUCUCAGGUGGAUGCUGUGGCGAGAAAACCAGUUGAGGACCGGCGUCAAGGAGCAAGAAAGCAACGAUCCAAUGUGGGAGGAGCGUCACUUCCGUUCCAACAGUUCGUACUACGUCAACCCCUUCGAGAAAAGUGCAUCCUUGACCCGGCCUGAGCCUCCAGCCCCUUGCCUCGGUGGAAUUCUGGCAGACGACAUGGGAAUGGGUAAAACGAUGAUGAUGUUAUCGCUAGUCGCUUACCAGAAACACAUCGGUGAAGAGAAAUCUACCGUGGAUAACGAUGACUCACCAGGUCGAGGGAAACGGAAGAUGACAGGCAAGACUCUGGUGGUUUGUCCUUUGAGCUUGCUACACCAGUGGAAGAAUGAAGCACAAGAGCGUUUCCUCCCGAACACUCUGAGUGUUCACUUGUACUAUGGCGACGAUCGUGACACUGGCACUGGACUCAGCACGGGGACUUUCACCAAGUGCGACCUCGUGCUCACUACUUAUGGAGUGCUAUCAGCUGAAUACGGGAAGGAUAGUCCUCUAACGACGACCGAAUGGAACCGCGUGAUUCUUGACGAAGCUCAUAGUAUCAAGACCAGGACAACGGGCUACUUCAAGUCAUGCUCUGCGUUGGUUGCGACGCAUCGCUGGUGUCUCACUGGAACCCCCAUUCAGAAUACCCUGGACGAUAUGUUCUCGCUUCUGUGCUUCCUUCAAUACCAGCCUUGGUCUCGCGUUGCAUGGUGGAAGAGAGUGAUUACGAAGCCUUAUGAAGACGGCGACGACGUGAACGCGCUUGGCCGCUUAAAGGCCAUUCUGACGCCAAUUUUACUGCGGCGGACAAAGCACUCGCGGGACAAACAGGGUAACAUGAUAGUCAAGCUUCCACCGAAGCACAUUGACUUGGUAAAGCUGGAGUUUUCCCCUGAUGAGCGUACCUUCUACCAAGCAGUAUUCGACAAAAGCAGAGCAGAGUUCAAUGGUUUCGUCGCUAGCGGUGCAGCCACGACAAGCUACGUCGCCAUCUUCGCGCUGUUGCUGCGUCUCCGCCAAGCUUGUGACCAUCCUUUGCUCGCUCUGGGCAAGGAUUUCGAGCAAGCCCUGAAGCCAGACGACACGAAUGGAAGGAUAAAUACAGUCAAGUCAGCGUUCCAGCCUCAGCAGAACGAAACUUCGGAAGCUUAUUACCAGCGGAUUGCAGCGCAACUGCAAAAGGACAUGCAGGCUAGCAGCAACCGUACAAAACUACUGGCAGACGACCAAGAAAGUGCUUUGGCCGGAGGUUUGACAGCAUCGUAUAUCCAGAGCGUGAUCGCACAAGUUGAAGAUGGUUUGGACUCUCAAGAAUGCCCAAUCUGCUUGGACCCACCACAGGACGCAGUGCUGACGCCGUGCGCCCACGUCUUGUGUAACCAAUGUCUGCGUGACAGUCUCGCUAAUGACCCCGACAACGGCUGUCCCGUGUGUCGAACUGUGGUGGAUAUGGCCAAAGUGUUCAAGCUGCCGCCCCCGAAGACUCAGAGUGACGACACUAAAGCCAACAGCUCAGUAGACAACAACUCAGUUAAAGUUAUCGCGUCUGGAGACGACGACGGCACAGGCUUCGAGUCCGCCAAGCUUCGACAGCUUCAGCGUGAUCUACAGGCCAUCAAACUGGAGAACGAGAACAUCGAAUCACCCGAACAGAAGCGCAAGGUUGUGAUCUUCUCGCAAUGGACGUCGAUGCUGGACAUGGUCUCGCAGCUCCUGACGCGUCAUGGCUUCACGCACUGCACAUUCAACGGUGGAUUAAACCAGGAGGCACGUGAGCGAGUGUUGACCAAAUUCGCCAAAGAUCCGGACGUCGAGGUUCUAGUUAUCAGUCUGAAAGCUGGAGGUGUGGGGCUCAAUCUCACGUGCGCGUCAGUGGUGAUUCUGCUGGAUCCGUGGUGGAAUCCUGGCGUGGAAGAGCAGGCUGUGGACCGUGUACAUCGCUUGGGUCAGACACAAGACGUGAUAGUGAAGCGCUACGUGGUGAAAGACACAGUGGAAGAUAUGAUCUUGCAGCUACAACAACGCAAGGAAAAGCUCGCCAAACACGUGCUUGUAGUGGCCAAGGCCCAUGACGAGCGACGCAGCGAGCGGCUCAACCUCGACGACCUUCGUAGCUUCUUCCGGUGAUGUAUUACGACCACCUAAAUGGCUACAUAAGAUACGUGUGCAGUCAUUUCAAUACAUUUACACUUGUAUU